AUGUCAUACACCAUAGACAGUUACAACACAUAUGAAGAUCCGAUCCUUGCACUCGCCAGAGACCCAGAUCUUCUAAAAGAAAAAGCAAAGAACUCCCAGAUUAAUCAGAUCAUUCAUGGGUUCGCAAUCACGGAACGAAAAGUUUCCAGACUCUGCCAGUUGAGUCUUAGCAUUCUACAGACGUUAGAAAAGAUAGACCUAAAUCUUAAAAACUGGACAUUCUUUUCGCUUGACGCAAGCUCAACAGACCAUUUCGACGAAUCCAAUACAGAGGAGAACAAACUGUUCAAUAACAAGGUUUCUCUUCAAGUCAUCAAUUCAUGUCAGGAGCUAACCAAGAAACUCAAUAAGAUAUCUGCGGAUGUCGACUUUAUCACCAAUGCACUGAAAUCGCUAUCACCGUUAGAAUUUAUAAGUGAUAGCGGCACAUUGCUCACGUCAUUAACGCUACGAAAUAUCAAACUAAAGGACGAACUCAGGGAUAGAGUCACCGUUGCAUAUCUGAAAGCUAAGCUCAUAACAAUCGGAACGGACUUAGAAGUGAUGUUGGGCGAUGGUAAUCCAGAGCAGCAGCAGACAGUUCAAUCAUAUAAGCGGUUUGUUGUCAGUCUAUUGAAACAGUUGAACGACGCAGUUGACGGAGACGACAUCGAGGAAAGAAAUGAAUGUCUUGCGGUCAUCAGUGAUAUGGAGCAGAUGUUUGAAGUUUUCAAGCUUGAAAAAGUUCAGCAAGCGAAAGAGGAGUUGGCCAAGAGAGCCGAACAAGCCGAAGAUUCGGACGACACACUUCAAACUCAUAAGUCUGAUCAACUUCAUUCCGAAUUCAAAUCCCAAAGGAGGGACUCGCUCUCGUCUCUGUCAACAGCGAUGGUACAACAAUCCCUUCUAGGCGAAGAGCUUCCAUAUCUUAUGUCUGCUUUCCAUCAGGAUGAAAAGCGUGAGGGACAGUCUGACUACGCUCUUGAACGCCUGGGGUUGUUCAUGAAAAAGCCAAAAAGCAUCAGGAAGCAGACGACAAUUCAGCAUCUAUAUUACAUUUCCCACGCCAGAAAACUCAAUUGCCUGAGACCUCAUUAUAUUCGGGCAGUGAGAUCCUCGUGGUUGUCCAAGUUGGGUAUUCGGCCCCAAAUUAUUACAGCUGAUAAGCAUCUCGUCAACAGCACAUCAUUUAACCGCGGCUUUGCCGAGAAGCAGCAGCUCACACCAGCUUCCUCGCCAACCUCGAUCAAGGACAAGGCUGAGGACGAUAAGGAGAACGUUAGGCAUCCACCGCUUCUGAUAGAGAAUUUGGAAGCUCAUACGCUUUCGCUGUUGCAAAGUGAUGACGACCACUUACUUGACUACGUGGAAUAG